AUGGCUGAACUGGUUGUUGGAGCCAUUGUCACUGUUCUGAUUGAGAAACUCACUGAUGAGUUGAUCAAAUUCGCUCGAUCUCAAGGAAUCGAUUCUCAUCAGCUUGAAAAGUUGAAGACAACUUUGCCCAUGAUCCAAGCUUUGCUCGCUGAUGCAGCCCAGAAGCAGAUAACCCAAAAACCAGUUGAACUGUGGCUGGUCGAGCUACAGGAUUUGGCAUAUGACAUUGAAGAUGCACUUGAUGAUAUCGCCACUGAAGCUAUGAUGCGAAACUUGCAAGAACCUAAGGUACUGAAGUAUGUCCCAACUCCUCAUAAGAUCAAGUAUGGUUGUAAGAUGAGCUCCAAGCUAGCUGAGAUCACCACUAGAUUGACACAUCUUUUUGAGCUGAGAGUGAGUCUGGGUCUAAAUGUGAUUGGUGAAACAUCAACUAGAACAAAUAAAGAAGUAGUACAGGAAACUACUUCACUGCCGCCGCCUGAUGUGUCUAAAAUAUUGGGCCGGGAAGGGGACAAAGCGGCAUUGCUGCUGAAGUUGUUGGGGGAUGAAGGAGCACCCGGUAAUCAAAAUGUGAGCGUUGUGUCAAUAGUUGGUAUGGGUGGGAUUGGAAAAACAACUCUUGCCCAACUCUUGUACAACGACCAGAAGGUGACGAAUCAAUUUGAACUCAGGGCAUGGGUUUGUGUUUCUCAUGACUUCGAUGUAUUCAAUGUUAGCAAGGCUAUUCACCAAGCUGCAUGUAAGAAAAACGAAGAAUUUGCUAAUCUAGAUCUGCUUCAUACAGAUCUGGCAAAAGAACUAUCAGAGAAAAGGUUCCUACUAGUUCUAGAUGAUGUCUGGAACGAAGACCACGAGAAAUGGGAAGCCCUCAAAAAGCCACUUGUAGGGAAACCCGGAAGUAAAGUUAUUGUGACAACCCGAAAUACCACGGUUGCAUCUGUGAUGAACUCGGAUCAACCUCACAAUCUGGACCAUUUGUCAGAUGAGACCGCUUUGUCUUUGUUUGCUCAGUAUGCACUUGAUGAACAAAACUUUGACAAACAUCCAUCGCUUUAUACGAUUGCUCGAGAUAUCGUUGAGAAGUGUGGUGGUUUGCCUUUGGCUUUGGUAACACUUGGGAGGGUCUUGAAGACGAAAGGAAUUGAUGUUGCUAAAUGGGAGGCGUUGCUCAACAGUAAGAUAUGGAGUUCACAGAAUAGAAGCAGUAUUCUUCCGGCACUCAAGCUGAGCUACUAUCAUCUCCCUUCACAUUUAAAGCAACUAUUUGCGUAUUGCUCCUUGUAUCCAAAGGACCACCAGUUUGAUAAGAACAAACUUGUCCUAAAGUGGAUGGCACAGGGGUUUUUGCCCCAAUCAACGGGCGGCCAAUCAAUGGAGAAUUUGGGUCAUGGGUAUUUUGAAGAGCUUCAGUUAAGGUGUUUUUUUCAACCUUCAACAAUUCGCAACGCACGGUACACAAUGCAUGACUUGAUGAAUGACUUGGCCAUAAGCGUAGCAGAAAAGUUUUUUUGUAAGGUUGAUAAAAAUGGUCAGGUUGAAGAUUUUGAAAAGUUACGACACUUUUCAUUCACAGGUGAAAAAGAUGCAGAAUAUAUAAAUUUCAAGAAACUGCAUAAAGCUAGAUGCCUGCGAACAUUUUUACCUGUUGGUUAUCGGGCAGGAUAUAAUAGAUUGGACAUUGCUCUUGUCAAAUUACUUACUCGAUUGCAGUUCCUAAGGGUGUUGAGCUUAACUGAUCACUCAAUCACAGAGGUACCGAUAUCCAUUGGUAAUCUCAGGCAUUUAAAGUACCUUAAUUUUUCUGAAACCUGUAUCCGAGAAAUACCAAAAGAAGUCGGUAAACUUUAUAAUCUGCAAAGUUUGUUGGUUCGUGAUUGUCAUUACCUAUCUAGCUUGCCAAGAAGUUUAGUGAAGCUGAAAAACCUACUACAUCUUGACUUGGUUGGUACUCCAUUGAUGAAGAACACGCCCUUGGUGAUCGCUCACUUGACAAGUCUCCACGCAUUACCUGGUGGGGUUUGUAUCCGAAGAGGUAACGGGUUUAAAAUAUCACAGAUUAAGGGCCUGUCAAAUCUCCAAGGUGCACUUUCCAUCAAGGGGUUGCACAAUGUGAUAGAUCCAACAGAAGCAAAAGAUGCAAAGUUACAAGAAAAGAAAGGUCUUGAUGCUUUACAUAUGGAAUGGAGUGAUGACUUCGAUGAUUCUCGGGAUCCAAUUGUGGAAUAUGACGUGGUUGAAAAGUUGAGGCCUCCCUCCAAGUUGAAAAAAUUGAGCAUUUCUUUCUACGGGGGGAUAAAAUCUCCUAGUUGGCUUCGGGAUUCAACAUCACUUGAUUAUUUAUGGAAACUUACUUUAAAAGGUUGUGAAAACUGCACAGAUUUAAUGCUUGGGCAUUUAGGUUCACUUCGGAAGUUGUGUUUGAGUAGCAUGAAAGCGCUGCAGAUCGUGAGUUGUAUGUACUUACCCUCUCUUGAAUCCUUGAAAGUUGAUGAUAUGGAAAGUCUAAAGAUAUGGUCCACCAGAGCCGGUGAUGAUGACGAGACUCCUCGAUCGUUUCCUAAGCUUCGUGUAAUUUCAUUUAGAAGGUGUCCCAAACUUGGUAUAAUAUCAUUUGGAUCGAUGCCGUCACUUGAAUCUUUGGAAGUUCAAGAUAUGGGAAGUCUGGAGAUAUGGUCAAUCGGCGCGGGUAAAGAUGACGAGACUCCUCAACCGUUACCUAGUCGUUGUGUAAUUUCAUUUAGAAGGUGUCCGAAACUUGGUAAGGUAUCAUUUGGAUCGAUGCCAUCACUUGAAUCCUUGGAAGUUGAAGAUAUGGAAAGUCUAGAAAUAUGGUCGAUCGGUGCUCGUGAAGAUGACGAGACUCCUCAACCGUUACCUAGUCUUUGUGUAAUUUCAUUUAGAAGGUGUUGGAAACUUGGUAAGGUGUCAUUUGGCUUCAUGCCGUCACUUAAGGGUUUAACUAUAGAAGAAUGUCCUGAAGCAGUGUUCAGAGGCUUGACUGCUGUAUCUUCAUCAAUCUCUACGUUGAGGUUGGAAAAAGUUACAGGGCUGACUCAACUGGACAGUGAAGUCUUGAAACAUCUUGGGGCAGUUGAAGAUAUAAGCAUCAAUGGUUGUCAGGAAUUGAGAUACAUUUGGGAAGCAUGCAGGUUUCUUGGGGGUUUACAAAAGUUGGAAAUAUGGUACUGUUCAAACUUGUUCUCAAUUAAUAAGGGGGAGAAAGAGGCGGGGAGUGGCAUCAUGAAGGGAUCUCUUAGAGACGUCAAGCUUUGGGGUUGUGAUGCACUGGAGAGUUACUGCUGUCCAACGAGUGUCGAGAGGCUGGAGAUAAAUGGAGGACCUCCCAUCAUCCUCCUCCUCUCUGAAGUUUAUUAA